GGAGAUUCAGUGAAGACCCCUGAAAUGCACUGAGAAGACUCCAAAAAAAACAAGGAUUUACUCAUCAAUUAUUUGAAGAAUUUAGUGGAUUAAAACCCAGAAGGAAACUGUAUGAUAUACGUCAUAUAUUAAUCACUCUACCUUCAUUGCAUAGACUUGUGCACUUUCAAGAUGUCAGUUAUAUUUCAUUUUCUACAUUUGCUUGGACUUAUCUUUCUGAUGUGCAGAACAUUCAGCGCUGAACCAAAUGUUCCGACCCCCAUCACCUGUACCACCCGUGGUGCCGACCUUGCGGAAGCACUCACAGUGAUUGUGUGCCCAUCAAACUGUGCACUCCAGCAGCUCUCGGUGUUCGGCUCCGGAGUGUACGCCUCAGUGUCGAGCAUCUGCGGAGCAGCCAUACAUCGAGGUGUAAUCCCUCAAUCAGGAGGGCCACUGAAAGUCCACAGACUGCCUGGUCGGGAAAACUACCUCAGCUCACUCUCUCACAGGGUCAAAUCUCAGACUCUGCCCAGGUGGACGGCAUCAUUCACCAUGUCCAAACUGAUCAGCCAGCCCAUGGAGGUGUUGGGUGAAUCCAGCACCACUGCACUUCCAAGACCUGGUCCAGCAAAGAAAGCACUUAAGAAGAACCUGAAGAAGCCAGCUCAAAAUGGAAACAAAGAUUGCCAGGUGGACAUCGCCAUGCUGCUGGACAGCAGCUACAAUAUUGGACAGCGGCGCUUCAACCUGCAGAAGAGCUUUGUUAGCAAGUUGGCACUGAUGCUUCGAAUUGGACCGGCGGGACCGCAUUUUGGGGUAGUGCAUGUCAGUGAAAUACCCAAGACAGAGUUUUACCUGAAAAACUUCACUCAACCCAAAGACGUGAUUUCCGCUAUCAAGGAGAUGGGUUUCAGAGGGGGCAACUCCAACACAGGUAAAGCCCUGCUUCACACAGUAGAAAGCUUCUUCAGCCCAGAGAAUGGUAUGAGGCGAGGUCUGCCACGUGUGGUGGUCAUUUUUGUGGAUGGGUGGCCCUCCGACGACCUGGAGAAAGCAGCAAUGAGGGCGCGAGAGUCCGGCAUCAACGUCUUCCUAGUGACUGUGGCCAAAGCAACACUCGAGGAGCUUGGCAUGGUGCAGGACCGCAACUUUGCCCAGAAGGCGGUGUGCCAGGACAAUGGCUUCUUCUCCUUCAACAUGCCCAGCUGGUUCAGCACCAAUAAGUAUGUGAAGCCUUUGACACAGAAGAUUUGCUCAGUGGAUCAAAUGCUGUGCAGCAAGACCUGCUACAACUCAGUCAACCUGGGCUUCCUUAUUGAUGGCUCCAGUAGUGUGGGCGACGCAAACUUCCGGCUGGUGCUGGAGUUCAUGGCUGGCAUCACCGACGAUUUUGAGAUCUCGGACUUGGGGGCCCGUGUCGGUGCAGUACAGUUCACCUACGACCAAAAGCUGGAAAUGGACUUUAAUGACCACACAGACAAAGAGGCAGCCCUGGAUGCCCUGCGGAGCAUCCGCUACAUGAGUGGAGGCACUGCGACUGGUGAUGCCAUUUCCUACACCAUUGCCAACCUCUUCCAGCCGCACAAGGCCAACUCGGGCAGGAACUUCCUCAUCAUCAUCACAGAUGGGCAGUCUUAUGAUGAUGUCGGGGGCCCGGCCCAAGCUGCCAAGUCAGAAGGGAUCACUGUGUACUCAGUGGGAGUGGCCUGGGCCCCACAGGAUGACCUGCGGGCCAUGGCAUCACAGCCAAAAGAGAGCCACACCUUCUUCACCAGAGAUUUCACCGGCCUAGAGCAGUUCCAGCAGACCAUUGUCAAGGGCAUCUGCCGAGACUUCAAUGAAGCCCAAUAGGGCGUGCUGUGCUGUUUGGGGCAGUGCAGGCCCGGGGGAAACCACCAAUGGAGGAACCAAAGGGUUGCUAAUCCAGAAUUCCCACUAAGUGAACCCUUUGGGAACUCUAACAAAACCUAAAGAAGCCUUUUUUUGUUGUUGUAACAAACAUAUAAUAUACCUUGCCAAUAUCAUCUGACAUAUUGGAUCUCGGCAUUUAUUUCAGGGUAGCUGAAAUAUAGGAACCAUGUUUGGCUGCAUACACUAUAGUUACAGGGUAAAUAUUCCUCGGAACACAAAAUCAAUAAUGUCAUUUUCUAAUGUUUCCAGCAGUAGUUUCUAUUUUUGUCAGUGAUGGAUAAUUCAUCUUUAAAUCCAUAAAAUAUAUGCAACCAGGAUGAACAAAGGCACCAAUCUCAUGCUAAAAGAUCUGCCAAGGUAUUCCAGAUCACCAGAGGUGGGCAAUGAGGUUGGCAAUAGAGGGUUUGGCUUCAGCACAUCUUUCUUGCGAAGCACAGCCUUUCAUCCGAACCCAAGCCAGAGCGGAGUCAACAUUAUAAACAGCACAGCAUAUCUCUUCCUGUUCUUAAAUACAGAUAUGUGAAUGGGGUAUACAGUAUAUAUUUAAUUAAUGCUUUAGGACCACAGGGACCUAAAGGAGUUUUAAAGCAGGUAGUAAACCGCAUAAAACUCUGGCUCCAUCCUGAUUUAACUGGAGACUUUGUGCACAUCUUUAGACAUAGAAAGCUGGAACAGCUGAUGCAAGGCUUAUAUAUACAUAUAUGAAGAAUAGCAUAUUUUCCACAGGAGACAUUUGUACCCAAAUAGUUGCCACUUUAGCAUGCAUACUGCUUCUGCGGAAACUGAGAUAUAACAGGGACGUUGGUGGGAUUCUACGUUUCUUUACUUUGUAACUUAUUACUUUUCUCUGCAAUAAAGAACAUUGUAUUUUUACUA